UUUGACUAAAAACAACACCAGUGCAUCUCUCUCUCUCUCUCUCUCUCUCUCUCUCAUUUUUAAUCUCUUAUAACUAAAAGAGAGGCUUUGCUUCUUCUAUAUUCAGCUCACAUUUCAUCAAAAACGGACAAUUUUCUCUCUCUACUUCUUCUUCUUCAUUUGUUUUCCAGUUAAAAGGGAAAGUAUCAGCUCUAGUUGUGGGGUGGGGUUAAGAGGAUGAGCGCUUCAAAGUUCAUUAAAUGUGUCACAGUUGGGGAUGGAGCUGUAGGGAAGACCUGUAUGCUCAUUUGUUACACCAGCAACAAGUUCCCCACUGAUUACAUACCUACUGUGUUUGACAAUUUUAGUGCUAAUGUGGCUGUGGACGGAAGCAUUGUCAACUUGGGACUAUGGGACACUGCAGGUCAAGAAGACUACAGCAGGUUGAGGCCGCUGAGUUACAGAGGUGCAGACAUAUUUGUGCUAGCUUUCUCUUUAACUAGCAGGGCAAGCUAUGAAAAUGUUCUUAAGAAGUGGAUGCCAGAACUUCGACGAUUUGCACCCAACGUUCCAAUUGUUCUUGUUGGAACAAAGCUAGACCUUCGCGACGACAGAGGUUAUUUAGCUGAUCAUAUGGGAUCUAAUGUCAUAACAUCAGCACAAGGAGAGGAACUGAGAAAGCAAAUUGGUGCUGCGGCUUAUAUAGAGUGCAGCUCUAAGACUCAGCAGAAUGUCAAAGCUGUUUUUGAUACUGCUAUUAAGGUUGUUCUUCAACCUCCACGAAGGAAGGAAAUGGCACGAAAGAAAAGGCACCGGAGGUCUGGUUGCUCAAUGGUGAGCAUCGUCUGUGGAGGCUGUGCAGCUUAGGAUACUUCAAAGCCAGAAUGGGAUGAUUUUCAGCCAUCUUUUGGAGUAGAAUGUUUAUUUUGGUAUUGUUUGGGGUUUUAUUGCUGAUAGGCUGUGAUAUUAUUACGUGUCAAUUGUAGUGGAAGUUACAAAUUUGUACUAAGCAUUGCUCUUUUUGCAUUUUGGAAACUGGUUUAGAGGGGAGGUGGAGGGAAUUGUUCAUUCUCUUGUGUACUAGUGGGGAAAAUAUGUCUGGAUAUAUGUGGCUUUGUUUUCUAUGUAUCAAAUAUAUCAUGAAUUCCAUUUUCUCUAUCCUUGGUUUGUUAA